AUGGCAUCCGCCGCGACGGGCGCAGCCAAACCAGGGCUCCUGCUCCUGCGCCGCACGGACGCCACCUUCACGGCCGCGCUGCGGCGCGCUUCCGCGUCCUCGACUUCUACGCCUCGGGCGCGCCGCUCCGGGCCUUCCUCACGGCCGCCGCGGCAGAACGGACCCCCGCGCGCCGCGCUCGUGGUGGCCGGCGGCGCCAUCCUCGUCGACGCGGCGUUCCUGGACGCCGUCCCUCCCUCGGCUGCGUCGUCACCACGGGCGCCGGGUGGACCACGUCGACCUCGCCCACUCAGUGGCAAGCGCGUAGGCAUCAUCGGUCUGGGCAGCAUCGGCUCACAGAUCGCCAAGCGUCUCCAGGCAUUCGGCUGCGCCAUCUCCUACCACACGAGGGCGCCCAAGGCCUCCGUCCCCUACCGCUACUUCCCCGACGUGCACGCGCUCGCCGCGGACUCCGACGCUCUGAUCGUCGCGUGCGCGCUCAACGACGCGACGCGCCGCAUCGUCGGGCGCCGCGUGCUGGACGCGCUGGGCCCGGAUGGCGUCCUGGUGAACAUCGCGCGCGGGGGGAACGUAGACGAGCAGGAGCUGGUCGCGGCGCUGCAGGAUGGGAGGAUCGCCGGCGCGGGCCUCGACGUCUUCCAGAACGAGCCGCACGUGCCGCCGGAGCUGCGGGACAUGGACAAUGUUGUGCUGACGGCGCACGAGGCAGUGUCCACCGAGGAGUCACGCGCCGACCUCCAGGAGCUCAUGAUUGGGAACCUCGAAGCCUUCUUCGCCGGGAAGCCGUUGCUGACGCCCGUGCUUCGUCCAUAG